GAUCUGAUCCGGACUUUUGGUGUUUCCUCUGGUCUGGUUGAGUGUGCCGGAGGACCCCCCCUCCAGUUCCACCCACCGCUAAGCAACACAAACACACCACCAGUCCUCAUUUUCUGGAUCUGCUCUUUGUUAACAGAGCCUUUUCCCUCCUCUGCUUUUAUUCCAGGAGAGGGAGAGAGUGAGUGAGCGAGAGAAAAAGAGAGGGAGAGAGGGUGAGUUUAUCUUCUCCUUUUAAAGGAUUCGUUUCUGACUGAAUCUGGAUCUGGUUUGUUUUCCUUGCUCGGGGCUGCCGCCACCACUGCAGGAACAGAGCUGGUGCCCCUACUGAUGUAUUUAAAAACGGUUUAAACGUCAGGAACGGUUCAAGGUUUUAUCCACCAACCACCACCCGGCCUGUCAGUCAUUUUUUUCGCCACUGCAGUUUUCAAGUUGGAGCUCUGCUGGGAAAUGGACAAACCCCUCUAAACUAAAGACGCUUCCCAACCGUUCCGACUCAGCCACAGGACGUGAUUUGGACGAAGAUCCACGGAGUGGAGGGCUUUGUGUUUGCUGGUGAAAAGAAUCAGCUGUGGAGGAAACCAGCGAAGGAGAAACAGAGUAAAACCAGCAGAACAUGUUUACUCCACUGUUUCCAUAGUUACUGAGAGCAUGCACGUCCAGAGAAGGCUUUAACGUCACAGUUUGUCUCCUCCGGCUGCCAUCUAAAAGAACUACACUACCCACAAUUCCUGUGACUAAUAACAGCCAACGUUUAGAUCACUACAAACAAAGACAGUCAGAAGAACGACACUGCUGUGAAGAGGACCACCAUGGCAAACAACCCUGCAGACCACCCUCCGGGGAAUUCGGUUGCUGAGGGCAACCAUGAAGGGGACUUUGGGGUGACCAUGGUGGACUUGAGGACCCUGAUGGAGCUGCGGAGCACUGAGGCCGUCAACAAGAUACGGGACACUUACGGAGAUGUGCAGGGCAUCUGCCGCCGCCUGAAAACAUCCCCUAUAGAAGGUCUGUCUGGUAACCCUGUCGAUUUGGAAAAACGUCACACGGCAUUUGGACAAAACUUUAUCCCCCCAAAGAAGCCCAAGACAUUCCUGCAGCUGGUGUGGGAAGCUCUGCAGGACGUCACGCUUAUCAUUCUGGAAAUCGCUGCAAUCAUCUCACUGGGCCUGUCUUUCUACCAUCCACCUGGCGGUGACAGUGAAGCAUGCGGCGCAUCUUCGGGUGGCGUCGAGGACGAGGGCGAGGCCCAGGCUGGCUGGAUCGAAGGCGCUGCCAUCUUGUUCUCAGUCAUCAUUGUGGUCCUGGUGACGGCCUUCAACGAUUGGUCCAAGGAGAAGCAGUUCCGCGGGCUGCAGAGUCGCAUCGAGCAAGAACAAAAGUUCACGGUCAUCCGCAAAGGUCAGGUCAUCCAGAUCCCUGUGGCCGAGAUCGUGGUUGGAGACAUCGCUCAGAUCAAAUACGGAGACCUGCUGCCUGCUGAUGGUAUCCUGAUCCAAGGCAACGACCUGAAGAUUGACGAGAGCUCUCUGACCGGAGAAUCUGACCAGGUUCGCAAGUCUAUGGAGAAAGACCCCAUGCUGCUGUCCGGGACCCACGUGAUGGAGGGAUCAGGCAGGAUGGUGGUAUCAGCUGUCGGCCUCAACUCUCAAACAGGCAUCAUCUUUACUCUGCUGGGCGCCAGCGAGAACGACGAAGAGAAGAAGGUCAAGAAAAGUAAAAAACAAGGACCCCCCGAAAAUCGCAACAAAGCCAAGACCCAGGAUGGCAUUGCUCUGGAGAUACAGCCUUUGAAGAGUGAAGAGGCCGCUGAGUCUGAGGAGAAGGAAGAGGUCAAACCAGUGAAAAAGGUCAAUGUUACCAAGAAGGAGAAGUCUGUGCUUCAGGGAAAACUGACCAGACUAGCUGUGCAGAUUGGGAAGGCUGGUCUGAUCAUGUCGGCGGUGACAGUUAUCAUCCUCAUCCUCUACUUUGUGAUUGACACCUUUGGGGUCCAGGGUCGGCAGUGGUUAGCUGAGUGCACCCCCAUUUACAUUCAGUAUUUUGUCAAGUUCUUCAUCAUCGGUGUGACAGUUCUGGUCGUCGCUGUCCCUGAGGGGCUGCCGCUUGCUGUCACCAUCUCUCUGGCCUACUCUGUCAAGAAAAUGAUGAAAGACAACAACCUGGUGCGUCACCUGGACGCCUGUGAAACCAUGGGCAACGCCACGGCUAUCUGCUCGGACAAGACGGGUACCUUGACUAUGAAUCGGAUGACAGUGGUGCAGGCAUACAUCGGCGAUACGCACUACAAGACUGUCCCAGAACCAGAUGCUAUCAAGCCGGAGACUUUGGAAAUGAUGGUCAACAGCAUCUCUAUCAACUCAGCGUACACCACCAAGAUCCUGCCCCCGGAGAAAGAAGGCGGCUUACCUCGCCAUGUGGGUAACAAGACUGAAUGUGCUCUGCUGGGCCUGGUGCUGGAGCUGAAGAGGGACUACCAGCCAAUCAGAGAUGAAGUCCCCGAAGAGAAACUCUACAAGGUUUACACCUUUAACUCCUCCCGCAAAUCCAUGAGCACGGUGCUAAAGAACGCUGACGGAGGCUUCCGGAUGUACAGCAAAGGAGCAUCAGAGAUCAUCCUGAGGAAAUGCUCUCGUAUCUUGGACGCCCAGGGCCAGCCUCGUGUCUUCAAGCCCAAGGAUCGUGACGAGAUGGUGCGAAAGGUGAUUGAGCCGAUGGCGUGCGAUGGGCUGAGGACCAUCUGUGUGGCCUACAGGGACUUUCCUGCUGAGGCUGGAGAGCCAGACUGGGACGCUGAGAAUGACAUCCUCAACGAACUGACCUGCAUCGCCGUGGUGGGGAUCGAAGAUCCCGUCAGACCUGAGGUACCCGAGGCUAUUUCUAAGUGCCAGCGCGCAGGCAUCACCGUGCGCAUGGUUACCGGAGACAACAUCAACACUGCUCGUGCCAUUGCGACUAAGUGUGGCAUCCUGCUGCCUGGGGAGGACUUCCUGUGUCUGGAGGGCAAAGAGUUCAACCAACAAAUAAGAAAUGACAAGGGAGAGGUGGAACAAGAGCGUCUGGACAAAGUUUGGCCCAAACUGCGUGUUCUGGCUCGAUCAUCACCCACAGACAAACACACUCUGGUCAAAGGCAUCAUCGACAGCACAGUGGGCGAAACCCGACAGGUGGUUGCAGUGACAGGAGACGGUACCAACGACGGCCCCGCCCUCAAGAAAGCUGAUGUUGGCUUUGCUAUGGGAAUCGCCGGCACAGAUGUGGCCAAAGAGGCAUCUGACAUCAUCCUGACUGACGACAACUUCACCAGUAUUGUCAAGGCCGUCAUGUGGGGGAGGAACGUCUACGACAGCAUCUCCAAGUUCCUGCAGUUCCAGCUGACCGUCAAUGUGGUGGCCGUGAUUGUGGCGUUCACAGGCGCCUGCAUCACACAGGACUCUCCCCUGAAAGCUGUCCAGAUGCUCUGGGUCAACCUCAUCAUGGACACUCUGGCAUCUCUCGCUCUUGCCACGGAGCCGCCCACUGAGUCUCUGCUGCUACGUAAACCCUACGGUCGGGACAAGCCCCUCAUCUCCAGGACCAUGAUGAAGAACAUACUUGGCCAUGCUGUGUACCAGCUCGUCAUCAUCUUUACCCUGCUCUUCGCUGGUGAGAAUUUUUUCGACAUCGACAGUGGGCGAAACGCUCCCUUGCACUCCCCACCGUCAGAGCACUACACCAUCGUGUUCAAUGUGUUCGUCAUGAUGCAGCUCUUCAACGAAAUCAAUGCCAGGAAGAUCCACGGAGAGAGGAACGUGUUCGAAGGUGUCUACAGGAACCCUAUCUUCUGCAGCGUUGUACUGGGGACCUUCGCUCUGCAGAUCGUCAUUGUUCAGUUCGGAGGAAAGCCGUUCUCCUGCACGGCUCUGACCAUCGACCAGUGGCUGUGGUGCGUUUUCAUCGGCGUGGGAGAGCUGCUGUGGGGACAGCUGAUCUCGGCCAUCCCCACACACCACUUGAAGUUCCUGAAAGAGGCCGGUCACGGUAUCACAAAGGAGGAGAUUCCCGAGGAGGAGCUGAACGAAGGCACGGAUGAGAUCGACCACGCCGAGAUGGAGCUGAGGAGAGGCCAGAUUCUCUGGUUCAGAGGUCUGAACCGCAUCCAGACACAGAUGGAUGUGGUCUAUACCUUCCAGACGAGCCAGGCGGCGGUGCCCGGUGCCCUGCGCCGCCAGCCGUCCGUCGUCAGCCAGCACAAUGACAUUAAGGUGGUGAAUGCGUUCCGUAGCUCCCUGUACGCGGGGCUGGAGAGCCCAGAGUCCCGUAGCUCCAUCCACAGCUUCAUGGCCCAUCCUGAGUUCGUGCCCCUGUCCGAGGAGGAGGAGGCUCGCAUCCCCACCAUUAAGGAGACUGGAGACGAAAUCGACCCCCUCCCCAGCUCCUCAUCAUUGAUCCGGGGAGGAGAAGACUUGCCCACCACCUUCCCCCUCAACCUCGAUUAAUCCAUCUGAGUUCCUCCUCUCUCCUCUUCAUCAGCAUCAUCUGUCACCCCACCAACCGAACUGUCACACCGAGGAAGGGAUUCAUGACUCAUUCUGCACACACACAUGCUUCACAUCGUCUCCACCCCCCCUCGGUCAUUCCUGCCACGUUGUGUUUUUCAUACUGACUGUGGCGUCGUUCUGCCUGUAAGUCUGAUAGAGUCUCCACAGUGGAAGGCCUCUUCUAGUCCAUUCAUGUUUUUUUUUUUUCUUCCUUUUUUUUUUUUUUAACUUGACAUUCUUUUUGAAAAGCUUUUAAACUUUAUUGGAUUCGAUCCUUGCAGGACUCGCAGCAGCAGCAUGUUGUGUUCUGUACUCGCUUCAUUCCUGCGUUCUCAAACGGCACCGAACUUUUCAAAGAGUGCAGUGAAUCAGAUGUACAUACGCUUCCGCUCUUCUACACAGCUAUAAGCCGGGUUUGUUGAUCAGAAGAUUUUUAGGCAAAUGCAAAAAUGUAACCUUAUUAUUAUUAUUGUUGUUUUUUGUUUUGUUUUGUUUGUUUUUUUAGACCUUGAUCUUGAUUUCUUUUUGAAACCUUCUAACGAAUGUCAAUCAAUGGUUGAUUCAGACUCCUGAGAAUGUCUUGUGAGUGUGACACUACAGCUUUCAAGGUUAAAAUAAUGUUUUUCCCUUUAUCGUGUCUGUAUGUGUUGCUUUUUUUUUUUUAGCUGCUGUGUUGCAUGUGGAAGGACAGAAUGUUUACUACCCAAAAGUACUGAAGACGGCAGCGUCUGGAGGGGGCUCGCUUUCUGCUCAGUGGGGGUUCUGACCUCAUCUCAUCCAGUCAGGGUUCUGGUUCUCUCUGCCCCUCCCCCAGUUUGUCCCCUGUGAGGAUAGGAAACAGGAGUGUGGUUCAUGUUUUCCCUCUCUAGUAGGAUGCAUGUUUUUGUUUAAUUCGUGUUGAGUCGCAUGGUAACGUACAGUAGGAAUGAAUAUUCGGGAUUCUGUUUCAACUUUGUGCGUCUGCAGCAGCGUCUGUUCAGAGCUCCAUGAGCUUCCUGUCUGUAGGACUGAACCUCCUGUUACCACGGCAGCCUCAUCGAUAUUCUGGCAGAGGACACCAUCGGGGUGUUUAAAACAAUCGAUACCGCGGCGUCUGCGUGUGUUUCACUCAUUGUAGGCGAGUGCAAUAAAAGUUUCGGUAUCGGGGAAAUGCGAAGUCACAAGGCCCUGAAAUCCAAUGUCUGUCUCGGUGUUGUCACAACACAGGUAUCGCUGGUAAGAUGAGGUCGCUACACACACGGAAAGCCCCGAGGGCCAACGACAACAAACAAAAGCUGCUGCUUGUUUUUUCCACUGCUCGACCCCCACUGUGUCGCCUGCUCGCCACGUGGCUGCGGCCUGCCGUGCACAGAGAUGCUUUCAGCUAGAAGAGGUUGAAUACAAUCAAAACAGUAAUACAUGGAUAGAGACAGACUAAAACACAUGCAUUCUCAUCUCUGGUCUUGUAAUACUCGCCACUGGACACCGAGGUUAAGUCGGUGCUCUUCCUCUGAGAGGAAUCACGGUUGUCCUCUCGAUACACUGGGCACCGGGACAUGACCCUUUGCUGACCAAAUUUAUGUCACUCCCAAGCAGAUGUUUGCAUACCGAUAGGUGUGAAAACUGUAACACUCGUUUGUGUCUCCUCACUCUACACUCCGACAGGCUCGUAUUAGACAAAACCCGCCCACCCUGGGUUCAUCAGCAAGUUAAAAUUGAUCACAACUAACUUCCCUGCUGUGCAGAUGGAUAAUUUGGGCUUCUUAGGGUAUUUGCUUAAAGAGUAAACAUUUCCUUCAGAGGAUGAAGGAAUAUUAACCUUUUAGUUUGUUCAAGGAAAAGUUUAGGUAAAGCAUUUCAGAUCUUAUUUAGUCUUCUACCCAUUUCUUAAAGAUCGUCUCUGUCAGAGGUCAGGUUGUACUCUUGGUGCUUCAUGUCUGGAUCCAUGAAUGUAGGCUUGCUACAAAGUUUAGUUUUGCUAUCAAUGAAUCUGAAGCAUUUUAAGCCCACGUGCAGCUCACAUCUGUUGGUGUCACUCACAUUUUUGCAGUCUGACUGUGGCGCUGGUAAAAGAAGUUGAGUUUAAACGCGUGUUAAACAGAAAACGACUGCACCGCUGACGAGUCUGUUUUUGGGGCAAAGACAGGAAGUAAAUGGAGCUUUAAACAGUGUCUGGACCGUCUGCCUGUGUUUAAGACAAAUCUUAGCUCCUUUCUCAGAAUUUAUAACUUUAUAACAUAAGCUUAAAUCAGCUGUCAGUGACAUCACACAGCCAGGACCGGAGAAGAUGUUUGAUCUUCACCAUCAACAUCAUCACUCUCUUCUCUGCUGUGUCUGAUUGACAGGCAUCAGUGUGGCGGCCAUGCUGAGGUUUACGGGAGACUGAUGAUGUCACCAGUCAGCCCAUAGAUUUAAAUCCACUGUGUUCCCGCUGCCACUUAGUACUUCCUGCUUGUCUGCAGAUUACUGUCUUAAAAGAAGAAGGACUCAUCCUCCAAUCAGAAGCAGCGAUGCAUCUAAUCCCCUCUUAGUCUGACUAGCAGCCAUCAACCUGUCUCUGAACUAGGACACGUUAUUGAAGUAAUGUGCUACUACUGCCAUAUUUCCAACUUUUGUCAUGACUAGGUUUCCCCACUGAUGAGCUUUUUCUAUGUAACUCAGAGCCAUAUUUUAUAGGUUGUCUGUAUUGAUUUCUUUUUUUUUUUUUUUUUUAAUCUCAUUGUUAUCGAGGUUUGCUUUGGACUUUCUCACCCCUGACCCUUUCUAACCCCAUCCCAACACACACCCUCUCUCCUCCCCUGGCCCUUUUACUUCAAACACGACCAAAAAAGAAACAAAAGAAGAAAAAAAACAAGGAGAAAAAUCUUCAGUCGUCACUGCCGAACCAAGCUAAAAGGACCUCUACAAUGUUUACAUGAAAAGCGAGUCGGUGGCAGUUCGCCUGCGCUUCUCUCAUCCGACCACUUCCCUUUCACUCCCUUGCUUUCCUGAAUCUUAGAGUUACUAUUUAACUAAAUGGGGAAUCUUUCUUGCAUGGUUUUCAUAUAAAAUUCAAUGUUUUGCUCAUUUUUUACAAUUCUUCUGUAUUUUUAUAUUAAGUACUUUUUAAUAUUUUGGAGAUAUAUGAAUAUAUAUGUAUAGGCUGAAGAGUUUGGUGACAGUACCGUACAUGAAUGAGAUGAACCUACCGUGGACUCUGUCUUUUUACAGCUCUCUAAAUAUUUCUGCCACGUGUGUCGUCUUGGUCACCUGACGUUAGGGCUCAGAAACCUGCAGUGACUUGUUUACUUCCUGUCGCCCAAUCAAUUGGAAUCUGAACAGUCUAGUCCCAUCAGCCCCCUUUUACAUGAGUAUAAUCACUUUACCGGAGAUGUUGUGACACACUACACGUUAAGUGAUUUUUCGCAGUUAUCCAACUCCAUUAGAGUUCAGAAAAUGCAUCAGCUAACUGUAUCAAACAUUAAAUGGGAGUGUAUAAUUAUU